GGUUGGAUUGAUUUUUUAUGAUAUAAGCUGCCCUACUCGAAGUCAACACGUGAAAAUUGAUAUUUUGAUACAAAUUCGCUAUGUCAGACGGAUUUAAGAUAAAUAAGGCUUAUGCUGAAAAGUACAAUACAUGGAGACAAAAGGAAGAACUACAAAAACUUAAAGACAAAUAUGGUGAUGAAGAAGAAAGUGAAGAUUCCAGCUCAUCUGAGUCUGAAGAUGAAGAUGCUGAGGCUCUAACAGAACAACUGGAGAGAGAUUGGCUGAGAACUCUGUCUGCAUUGAAAAGUAAAGAUCCAAGAAUCUAUCAGAAAGAUGUCAAAUUCUAUCAUGAUGAUAAAGAUGAAAGUGGAGACAAUAAAAAGAGUAAAAAGACAAAGGACAAACCCAUGUUCCUGAAAGAUUAUGAAAGAAAAGUUCUGCUAGAAAAAGGAGGUCUGAUUGGUGACGAUGAUAACUCUGAUGGAGAAGAACCGUCCACGUCUUACACUUCCAGGCUUGGUUAUCACCAGGAGCAGGAACAACUCCGGAAAAGUGUUGUUGCAGCAGCUGGAAGUGACAGUGGUGACAGUGAUGAUGACGGAUUGUUGAAAAGACGUGAAAAAUCAAAGGAAGAAAAACAACGUGAGGAGACAGAUUAUUUGGAAUGGUUGAAGGGACAGAAGGAUACACUUGAAACAGAGAAUGAAGUUGGGGUAGAACUUGAACCUCUGAAAGACUAUUGGCAGAACAAGAACCUGGAUGCAGGAGAGAAAUUCCUGAAGAAUUACAUCCUGAACAGACAGUAUAUAGACAAGGAUGAGGAAAGCAUGCCAACGUACGAUGAGAUAGUUAAUGAGGAAGAUGAGGAUUUCUCUGAAGAUGAAGAACUACUGACGAAACAGGAUACAUUUGAGAGGAAAUAUAACUUUCGCUUUGAGGAACCAGAUGCUGCAGAGAUUAAAACAUUUCCCAGAAGCUUUGAAGAUACUGUAAGACGUAAGGACACUAAAAGAUCUGAUAAGAGAAAGGAAGUGGAGGAGAGAAAGAAAAAGGACAAAGAAAAGAAGAAAGAAGAACUAAAGCAGUUGAAGAAGUUGAAGAGACAGGAGAUAAUGGACAAGAUUGAGAAGCUGAAACAGAUCACAGGGAAUAAAACACUCGGAAUUGAUGAAAAAGACCUAGAAGAGGACUUUGAUCCUAGUAAAUAUGACCAGAUGAUGCAGCAAUGUUUUGAUGAUGACUACUAUGAAGAAGGGGAUGGAGAAGAUAUAAAGCCAGUGUUUGAGAUGUCGGAUGAAGAGAUAGAAAACUGGGAUAACUGGACCGGAGAGGGAGAUAACUGGACGGGAGAGGAGGAUAACUGGACAGAAGGAGAUAAUUAUGAUGGUAAUGAAGACGAGGACUACUGGAAUGAGGCUAGUGCUGAGGAUCCGGACUUUAUUAUGGAUGCAGAUUAUGAUCCAGUGGCUGACAUGGAGAGGAAAAAGAAUAAGAAAGAAAAGAAAAGGAAAAAUAAACUUGCUCAGGCACUAAAUACAAAGAAACCUGUUUUUGACCCAAAUGAGAAGACUUUCGAAGAAUAUUUUGACGAGUAUUACAAAUUGGAUUAUGAGGAUAUCAUAGAUGACAUGCCGUGUAGAUUUAAGUACAGAAAGGUGACGCCCAAUUCCUACGGACUAACAGUGGAUGAGAUAUUGAAAUGCAGAGAUAAAGAACUAAAUGCUUGGGCAUCAGUCAAGAAGAUGAGCCAGUAUAGAACGGAGGAGGAGGAAGAUCAUGAUAUUCGAGCUUAUUCUGCCAAGGGGAAAAAUUUGAAGAAAAAGCAAAAUGUCCUAACAAGUUUGUUUGAAAGUGAAGAAAAGGAUGAUAAAGAGGAGAACAUUGGAGAGAAACCCCAAACACAGAAAGAAAGUAAAAGUAAAAAGAGACGGAAUAAAAGGAAAGCAUUAAAGAAACGGCUAGCAGAAAAUGUAGACAGUCAGGAUAGUGGUAUAGCAUCACAGAACGAGGUAGGGGAAGAAAAGAAUAAAGGACAGAAUAGUCAGAAAAAUGAUGGUAAGGAAACUAAUAAAAGAAACAGUGAAACUGAUGUUGAAGAUCUAACAAAUAAAGUAAAGCAAAAUCAGAAAAAGAAUAAAAAGGAAACUGAUGUCAAAGAAGGUGAAACUGAUAGUAGUGAAGUUAGAAAUGAGGUAAAGGUAAUUGGAAAGACAGAAGCAAAUGAUCAUGAUGUUUCUAAACAUCAUAAAAAAAGAAAGAUUGAGGAAACUUUUGGAGGUGAUCAAGAGGUAGAUGCUGCUACGGAAGGGAGUUCAAAGAAGAAAAAGAAGAAAAAUAAAAUGGAGGUAAAUGUAAGAACUGGUAAUUCAAACAGUGAUUCAGAUAAAGGGAAUACUGAAGAAAAGACAGACAUUAGCGAAACAAAGGGUGAAAGGUUAAAUCAGAGUAAAAGUGUAGACAGUGCAGAUAAAAGUGAGAAAAGAAAGAAAAAGAAGAAGAAUAAAAAGAAGAACAAAGAUGGACAGAAAUUGAAAUUGUCUGAGGAGAGACUUAAAGCGUAUGGAAUAAAUCCAAAAAAGUAUAAAUACAUGAAAAAGGAAGAACUAUUUCAAAUCAAGCCCAGGAAAAACACAAAACAGUUUUCAUAGAAGAGAAUAUUUUUAUCCACACUGUUAUGUAUGAAAAAGUGCCAGCAAAUUGUGUACAUUUAUAAUGACUUUUAAGAAAAUAAAGAAGAGAAUGUUA